AUCCCCAGGGUACCUUUGCCCAAGGGGGGUGGCUGGGAAUUCUUCUGGGAGUUGCUGGUCUAACACAUUGGGGAAACCGCUUUAACGGCGCAGCAGUCGUGCGAGCCAAGAGGUCACGGAUAGAGUUGGGUAGCUCAAGGUCGCUUGCUUUCUGGGGAAACAGCCGUGACGUCUGUGGAGCUCCCUAUAAACUGGGGGAGCUGAAGGAAAGAUGGGGGGCAGUCAAGGCAUGGAAGAAGAGGCAGGCUCAGCCCUCCCCUCCUUGGACAAAGGAUGGGUCGGGGAUCUCCUGCCCUUUCGGGGGAUACGUGGGGGCCUCGCUGGCCAGAAUAAAUCACUUUUUUCUUCCUCUGCAUGGUUGCCGUGUUUCUGCUGCCCUUCCUGUUUGUCAUGGGGAUGAAGGGGCUGGGGGCUGCAUCAGGCAAGGGGAAGCAAGUAGCCCCACAUUUGAGCAGGAAAGGCAGCCGGGGAGGGGCUCCGCUUCUUGGCUGGCAGCUGAGCCUCAGGCAGAGGGGAGUCCCGUUCCCCCCUGCCCCUCCCUCGUGAUGCGGAGCGGUGGAGCAGCUGCUGUCCUUUUCUGGGCUGGCUCAGGCCCCCUUUGCGUCCCUCGCGACUAAAGAUAGCCGAGUCUCCUGGCCCCGCAGCCCGCCCGGCCGGAAAGGCUCCCUCCCAGCCCAGGGCGAUGGCCUUGCUGUGCUACAGGAAAGGCUGCGGGCAGAGAUUCGACCCCGAGAGGAACAGCCAGGAUGCCUGCCUCCAUCACCCGGGCUUCCCCAUCUUCCAUGAUGCCUUGAAGGGCUGGUCUUGCUGCAAGAAACGGACGACCGACUUCUCCGAAUUCCUCUCCAUAAAGGGCUGCAUGAAAGGUUUCCACAGCAACGAGAAGCCUCCGGAGCCCAAAGACGCCUCAGCCCAGCCCAAGCCGUGCACCGCAGACCUGGUUCCGGAGCCAAAGUCCACGGAGGUGCUGCAGCGGGAGAGACCCAGUUCCGAUGAGCCCAAGCAGCCGCUGCUGGUGAAGGUGGCCCAGGCGCUACAGCAAGUUCUGGAGAAGCUCAACACAUCUACGGCCCCGCAGCCUGCCCUGCACGGCUUGGCCAACCCCGGUGGCAGCUCAGAGACGAGCAUCGGCACAGCCUGCAGAAACGCCGGCUGCAAAGCGACUUUCCAGGGGGAGGAGAGCAAGACGGAGAGCUGCCAGUUCCACCCAGGAGUGCCCGUCUUCCAUGAGGGCAUGAAAUACUGGAGUUGCUGUGGGAUCAAAACCACGGAUUUUGCCGCAUUCCUGGAACAGAAGGGUUGCAGCAGAGGGAAGCACACCUGGGUAACGAGGCAGGAGGACAAGAAGCUGGUCUCUUGUCGGCAGGACUGGCACCAAACCAGCAGCCAAGUGGUGGUGACCCUCUAUGCCAGGACCCCCCUGCCCCACCUCAGCUCCAUCAAGGCCAACCGCACUGGGCUGGACAUCCGGGUAGGCUUUGAGGGGGAGAAGUUCUUCCAGGCCCAGCUGGAUCUCUGGGGGGUCAUCAACGUGGAGAAGAGCUUCGCCAGCCUCUUGCCUUCCAAGGUGGAAAUCGCCCUGAAGAAAGCCAGCCCCAUUGCCUGGGCUAGGCUGGAGCAGCCGCAGAGCCAAGCUGAGGCCCUUCAGACCCUGUCUCAGGAGGCGGCCACCCCAGGCAGCUCCCUGGAAGCCCCCCUGGAGGAGUCAGAUGAUAGCCUGGGCUGGUCUGAGGAGGAGGACUGAGCGGGCAGCUGAGCCAGGCUAAGGAGCAGGGAGGGGGGGGAACGGGCUGGCUCUGGGGCUGCAAGAGGGCAGCACCACCUGGGAGACAGAGAGUUUCACCCCUGCAGGAGGACCCUGUCUUCUCCUGAAAUAAAAGCAAAUUCUUUCAAUGGGAGGAAGUCAGCGUGCCCAUAAGUGGCGUGUGUGUGUUUGUGUGUGUGUGUGUGUGCGCACAGGCAGACCCUCCCUCCCGUCUUUGCAAGAGCUUUGUGCAGCCACGGGACUGAUCUUUCCCAGUGCAAAGUGGUGAUGACUGGGACCGCAGCCAGCGAUAAGCUGCCCUGCCGUGUGCCAGCCCUCCUCCAAGCUCAGCCGCAAAAGCUGCUGGUCUCCAUGUGUGCAGCAGCCAGGUAGGAAGGGAAGGCUUCCACAUCCUCUGGGCAUCCAGGUAUGCCAAGCAAGGUUCCCCAGAGCCCAGACUCCAUGAGACCGGCAUUAA